AAUCACUCUCUUUCAAGCCUUUCUCUUUCUCUUCUCAGACCAGUUUCUGUUUUAUACUUUUCUCCUUCAUACACAAAUCCCAAAAAAAAACGGAAAAACUUCCAAACCACACCUUCACAAUGAAGUUCAGCAUCGCCUCCGGUAUCGCUCUCCUCGCCGCCACUGCGGCCGCCCUCCCCCAGCCCCAGGAGCUCGCCGACGACAUCCAGAAUGGCAACGGCGUCAACAACAAGGGCAACUCCCAGGUCCGUUUCCCGGUGCCCGACGACAUGACCGUCGAGCAGGCCUCCGCCAAGUGCGGUGACAAGGCCCAGCUGUCCUGCUGCAACAAGGCAACCUACACCGGCGACUCCACCAAGGUCAACGACGGUCUGCUGUCCGGUGCUCUCUCUGAGCUGCUCGGUGCCGGCUCUGGCUCCGAGGGUCUGGGUCUGUUCAACCAGUGCUCCAAGCUCCCUCUCCAGAUCCCCAUCAUCGCCAUCGGUCUGCAGGACAUGCUCAACCAGAAGUGCAAGCAGAACAUUGCCUGUUGCCAGGACUCGCCCGCCGAUGCCUCGGAGAGCUUGGUCGGUCUGGCUCUGCCCUGCAUUGCCCUCGGCUCCAUCCUCUAAACGGAUUCAACAUGAUGCCCACCGCGGGAUUGGUCCUGUGGUGGGCGAUUGGGCGAUGGCUCUUGGACAAUUGUGUACUUUUACAUUCUUGUACUGCCUGGCACGCUCGCCGUGGUACGUUGGGAAAGUGAGUGGGGAUGUUGCAUUCGUUUAGGUUUAAUUAGAUCAUCUUUGUUUAUUGGUCUUGUCUUAAUUUAUGUAUUUGAUUG